GCUCGCUCACGCUGAACAUCUUUGUGUUGUGUGGAAAACGUGGGUUUGAGUUUGAGACAUAUUGUGCAAGUAGUUUGUAAUCAUGUCGUAUAAAUUGAUCAACAAGGUCUUGUCGCGAAAGAAAGUUGUAGCAGAGAGAGAGUGUUAAGUUUAAGGCAUGGCAGUGUCGGUAAUUUCAAGCGGUUCCUGUACACCGUCCAUUCUCAAAGUAGCUGGUAAUAGAAGCCGUGCUGUGCAGCAGCGCGUUCGCUUUCAGUUGCCCAAUGACCUGAGGGCUAUUUUGUUGGAUUUCAUCAACGAAAAGAGUUUGAAACCAUAUGAAGAAUUAGUUUGCAUUCUUAAAGAUUCAGAAAUUCAGGAUGAAGAUCUGUGUGAAUUGCUUCGUAAAUCAAGAGACUGCAUAUCUUUAUUGAAACAGGAUCUUCGUCAUUUUGUUGAAGCUAUACUUAACUUGAAAUGGGUGCACAGAACAGACAAAGCUGUCAGAGAAUUCCAGGGCUUUGUCUUGGAUCUGCUAUCCGCACAUACAUAUUACACAAAGUAUACGCUAGAUAAACUUGUUACUUCUUUCAAACCAGAUGAUGACAAUGAGUGGGUUAACAGUAUACCACCUGAGAAAGACAAAAGGAGCUUCAUGAAAAUCCAUGAUCUGAUAUCAGUCAUUCUGCAGGUUAUCCCUAUGUCAUCAGCUUUGUUAGUAAAAACAAUUAGGCAUCACUUUCCAUAUCUAAAGCGAAGUGCUCAUGAACAUGAGUGCUACAUUUAUAAUAUUCUCAAGGUUUUUGACUAUCAACCAGAUCUACGGACAGAUCUUCUUCUACUCGUUGCCAGCAGGUUGACAAUUUUGGAUGUAAAUGCACCAAAAGCAGCUAUAGAAGAAUUAGAAGAAGAGAAUGAACUCGAAAUUGACAUGGAUGACCAAGACGUAUUCGCUAUGGAUGAUAGUGAAGCCCAUGAAGAUCACAUGGCAAUUAAACCUCAAUCACCGCACAGAAUGAAACAUCCUAUCGCAAAUACAUUAGAUAUUAUAAUGGAGCGUUUAUUUCAGUACAUGCACACUGAAUGUCAUGAACUAAAAGACCCAACACUCUUGAAUUGGGACCGAACAAAAAAACUUUAUCAUGAAAUGUUGACAGUAUUUGACAAAAUGAUACUUCCAACUUACGCGUGUCAUCAUAUACAGUUUCUCAUGUUCUAUCUCUGCAGUUUCAAACAGGCAUUAGCCGAGUCUUUUCUUAAUUACCUGUGGCAAAAAGUUUGUUCUCCAAAUGUUGCACCAGUGAUUCGUCAGACAGCUGUCUUGUAUAUAUCCAGCCUACUGGCACGAGCUACGUAUAUCCCAGUGUCGGUUCUGAAGAAUAGAAUCUCUGAUAUGGCUGUAUGGAUACAUAAUUAUAUAUCCAGUCAAGAUGGCCUGGAAAGUGUGAAUUCUGAUGUGCGUGUGCACACUGUAUUUUAUGCAAUUUGCCAAGCAUUUUUCUACAUCAUUGCCUUCAGGCAUAAGGACCUAGUAAACACAAAAUCAAAUUUGGUGUUCCUGCAGAGUCUGAACUUAACAAAGAUAGUAACAUGUCGGCUAAAUCCAUUGAAGGUGUGUCUUCCAGCUGUAGUGCAGAACUUUGCAGCAGUUACCAGAGCUUAUCAGCUUGCAUACUGCUACACCAUAAUAGAACAUAAUACGAGGAAUACCAUGCCAGUUGCACAACAAGAUGGACAUAUUGUGAAAGACAAGUCAGAGUUAGUUCUUCUGAACACGUUCUUCCCAUUUGAUCCUUACAUACUUUACAGAUCUGGAUGUGCCAUAACUCCAAUUUAUCGAGAGUACCAGGGUUCUGUAAGCAGUGAAGACAGUUACGAUAUGUCCCAUGAAGACAAGCAUCUUGACGAAUUUGAAGAAGACGACGACUUCUUGUCAGGCAGUAGUUUCGUGCCAAGCCCAGUUACCUAUCCAGAACUUUUCUCUUAUGGAUCAUCACCAGGAUUUAAGCACAUGUAGUCUUGCCGCACAGCCUUGAAUUCUGUUAAUGAUUCUUCCUACUGAGGUGCUUUCAUUUUGUGUUAUGUGUGUAAUGUGUAAUGUUGUGUUUUCCAUGAACGUCUUCCAGAAUUUGUUUAUACUGCAAUUGUUUAUCAGGCUAUUGAUAUACACUUCAAUGCAUUCAGUUUCUAUUGAAUUAGCACUAGGCUCAUUGUGCCUGUAUUAUAUUAUGUGUAUGAAUCAUUUAUUUAUACCUAUAAACUUAUGUUCUCAAGAAUAUUCACUACAUUUCUUUCACCUUCAGCUUUUUUGUCCAUGAAUUAUGUUCAUGAAAACAUAUGUCUCGUCAAUUUGGCUUUCAGCUGUUAGAAGUAAUUCAUACUGUGGUUAUCAAACAGAGCUCAGACUAUGUUGUGAAAUUAGUACUUUUAGUCUGUGGUAAUUUGGCAGUGAACUUAAAUUCAUGCUUAAUCAGCAGUGAGGCACCGCAUGGAAGCCUUUAGUGAUGUAGUUAAGAAUUCUCUGAAGUUAAGCAAUUUCAUAAAGAACCUGAUACUAUACUAUCACAAUUUUUGAGGUAGUAUACUAUGCCCUGUUUGUUAAAUUUUAAUGAAGCUCAUGGGCUUUCAUUUUUAUGUGUAACAGUCAGUCAUGAUAGUUUUGUAACAUAUACAGUUUUGUGUGUAAAGAAAACUAGAACAGCCCAGAAUCAGUGAAGUAAAUGAUGAUGUGAUGUCUACAUCACUUUCCCUUAACAUCAGAACUCUUUGUGGUUAUUUGGAUCAAAGUUUCUCAUGCUACGCAACUAUUACAUUACUAUAGUAUAAAUGAAUCAAAAAGGUUUAUCCAGAUAGCUAUUUCCAUGAUUGUUCAACACAAGACUGAAUGUUGAAUUUAUCAUCAUCAGUUCCUAGCUGCAUAAUACCAUUUCCAUUUGACAUUGACUGUAGUGUGCAGGUAACUGCACAGCCACUUUUGUGGACAUGUUCACACUGGCGUAUCCAGACAUUACUCGCAACCCAUUCUCACAGGUUCAGUGCAGGGGAGAGCUUCUGUGAUAUUGAAAACAUAGGAAAGAGGCACUGGCAGAGAAGAAGUUGAGAGUAGAUGGCAAUUCAUGCCUUGUUAGCUUAGUUCGUAAAAGUGUUGACAACAAGAAAGGAGGAUUGUUCCUAGUCCAGAACAAUUUUAAUCUGUCUGAAAUUUAAAUUCAUUGCUUCCUUUUCAGUAAAAUGUGUUACAAAAUUGGCUUGCUCGUUCUGAAUUAGAUGCUAACCAGUGGAUACGCAUUUAGGAAAUUGAAGGUAUUUGCAAUUGCAUUGCAUAGCAUUUAAAGACGUCGCACACAUUACCAUGCCAGAAUGCUAUGAAAAUGUCAGCCACCAAUAAUUUUUCAGCAGCAUUGUGAGAUUUCAUACCUCACUAAUAGCAGUCUGAAAAGUUUGAUAAUGCUGCAUUUUUAUGGGAAGUUGCAAAUGAGUCUGUUGUUGAUAAUUCUGUGCAAUACCCUAAACUUUCUUCCAAAGUUUUAAGAAAACAUUCAGUUUUGAAAAGUUGUUGCCUUCUCAACACUAAAUUGUUGUUGUAAACCAUUUAAAUUUUUAAAAAAGGCUGGGAGGAGGUUGUGGUAUCCAACAGACAUUGUACCUAAAUGAUAUGUGGAGAAUUUUAAUUCUAUGAUAUGAACAUUCGAAAUGUUUGUCAAAAGAUGAAUGUUGAUUAAUUUACAUUCAGUAAUAACCACAAAGUGAUUUGAAUGAAUGUCUUCUGUUUUGAAAGUUGAACGUGUUAGAUGUGUUUGACUUGCUCUUAAAAGUAUUUUUAAUGGAAUAUUAAACAAAACAAUGGAAUUGAAAUAUCAGAGCAAAUUAUGUGGUUGAUGUUUAUGCAUAAAUAAAAUAAAUAUUUUUUUAAAGUGUUUAUGGAGAUGGCUGUUUUUGGCAACAGACUGAAGAUCGGAUUUGUCUAAAAUGGUAUUGUGUAAUGCUGUUGAGGACAGAAGUUAAUUCAUUCUAUGAUGUUUCAAUAAACAAAAUAAAAAGAUAAAUUAUUGUGGCCACUUGUAGCGUGUUCCAGCCGUUGGGCAAGUAGAACUUAAAUUUCAUUGCCAUUAAUUGCCACAUAAAAAUCUGUGAUGUCAUUUUAGAUAAUAGUUUAAACAUUUUGUUAUGAACAUAAGAAGAAAGAAAUAGAAAGAUCAUGAGAUUAA